CGCCAGCAAGCACGUGUGUGCCAUGUGUGCAUCCGUCCACUAGCUAACUCUACGCGCUGACGAUAUGACGCAGUCGCAGCCCGAUACGCGAGCGGUUCAUGCGGUCGCCGAGUGCGACACACACUAGUUGCCUACCACGCUACUACCUAUCGCGCGCACACGCUGGCGGUCUUGGAUGCGAGCUCGGCCGUGUCGAUGGCUGGCUGGCUUCGUCGCAGGCUCGCGAGCGGCGGCACGAAAGGCAGACAGACAGCGCCGCGCCAAGGCCUCGCCUGCACGUCCUGCUGCACUGCACUGUCGCUCGCGCUCCUCCUCCUCAUCUUCCCUCUCCUCGUCCUCUUACAUACUCUGGCUUGCAGCUUGGCUUGGCAGGGCAGGGCAGGGCAGUGCAGCUCGCUCACGAGCCAGCAGCAAUCCCGCGUGCGCGCCUGCGCGCCUGCAUGGCUGUUCGGCUCGGCAGCAGCGGGAGCAAGGUGCAAGGGCAAGGGAGAGAUAGAACUCGAGAGAGAGUAGUGUGGAGAGGCCCUCGUUUCGGGGCGCAGAGCGUCGUGCUGGGGGGAUGGAUGAUGGCACGAACGAUAGCACGGCGGUGUUAUGAUUGCGCUGGGGGCAGCCAUGCCUGCCCAUCGUCAUCAUCACCAGCCUACCAUCAUCAUCAAACCUCUGGCCGCCGUCCCGCAUGCGCGGAAAUCACGGCUGCGCUAUCAGAGAUGAGCUGCUUUACUAGCAGUGCUAGCGCUGCUGGCUUGAUUGCUUGCUUGCUUAAUUGAUUGCGAGUUAUCUCUCCUCAGCAUCAUCAUCAGCAGCACCUAGCAAUCAUCUCUCCUCUUUUUUUUCGCCCCCGGACCGCUGCCCACUGCCCGCUGCCCGCUGCCCGCAGGUCAGCAUCUCCGCAUGGCCAUGCAGGGCGCGUGCGUGCCGUGUCGUGAGUCUUGUCUCAACUAACGAAACGCCAACCUAGCUUGCUAGCCCUUGGGGCGGGAAAGGCGCAAAGCCGCCAAAGCAAGCAGCGGGUACGGCGGCUACGACACACGACGUCGACACACUCGAAAAGCCCGUGAGCCGCACCAGCACCUACACCAG